AUGGUAAACAAGAAGAUCCAACGGUCUUCCCCAGCAAAAUUAGCGACACUGGCUGUCGUCGGCGGAGCUCUGAUUUUGCUGUCUGUGCUUAGAAAAGGAAUUCCUCUUGAUGCAGUUUCGAACUCCGACCCUGGACACCUGUCGAGGGGAUCUUCAGGUGUUUUAAGGACAUUGCUGUGGCAUAAAGACUCGGCUACUGAUGGAGUGUACAGUCUCUCUGUGUAUAACCAGUCUGUUGGCGACUCAGAUUCUGAUGCAGAUUGCAGCGAUGUCCACAAUGUGAAUAAAUCCGAGCGAUGCGACUUCACAAAGACUACAGAUGACUGUUCAAUAGAUGAGGGGUUUAUUGACUACACAGUGUUUUCAUACUGUCAAUUCUCCCCAGCUUUACUACCUCUGGCUCUUAUCAUUCUGUUCAUAUGGUGGCUGUUUCUGUUCAUUGGCCUGGCCAUAACAGCUGAUGACUAUUUCUGUCCUGCCUUAACUGUUAUCUCUAAAACAUUACAUCUGAGUCAUAACAUUGCUGGAGUUACUUUUCUGGCUUUUGGAAAUGGGGCACCAGAUAUCUUCUCUGCCAUUGCUGCUAUUGGUAAUGCAAAGAAUGGCGAGGCAGGCCUGGCAUUUGGAGCAUUACUUGGAGCUGGUGUAUUCGUGACAGCGGUAGUGGCGGGCACUAUCGCCAUUAUCCACCCUUUCGACGCCAUGCAGAGGCCAUUCCUCAGGGACAUUGUCUUCUACCUCGCCGCUGUUUUCUGGACUUUUGUUACCAUGUGGGACAAAAAGAUUACAAAGAUGGAGGCAAUAGGUUUUAUUUUACUGUACAUCUUUUAUGUGCUGGUUGUGGUGCUAGGAAGAUACAUAUACCAGAAAAUCAAAGGACCGGUAGGGGUUAUAGGAGAAAUUAGCAUUAGAAAUGAAGACAAAGAUCACACAGCAAGUGAUGUAGAAGAUAGAAACACAGACAAUGAGAGAGAGCCCUUAUUAACAAAUCGUUGUGAAGACACCAAGAAUAGUGUGAAUAUACUAACGGACAGCACAGAGAGUAGAGCAGAAGACACAAGACCGUUCCAACAAUUCUUGUCUGCCAUUAAUCCAAUAGAUGUAGAAAGCUGGCCAGAAAUGGGCAUUGUCAAGCGGAUCUAUGAGGUUUUUAAGUGCCCUAUGGUAUUCCUCUUAGUAAUUACUACGCCUGUAGUGGAUUAUGAUGAAGAGUUACACAAGUGGAACCGCUAUCUUAACUCUCUACAGCUUACCACUGGACUUGUGUUUGCCUCUCUGGCCACCAAAGUGGGAUUAAAAACAAUUGGCAGCAGUUUUCCUGUCUGGGCUCUGGUUCUCAUUAUUGGAAUAAUACUCAGUCUUCUGGUUUUCUUCACCUCUAAAAAUGACCAACAACCAAAAUAUCACCCACUGUUUGCCUACGUGGGUUUUGUAGUAGCAGUAGUCUGGAUUUACUCUGUAGCCAAUGAAGUGGUCAAUAUUCUACAGACCUUUGGAGUGGUAUUUAGUAUAAGUAAUGCAGUGUUAGGACUCACUCUGCUGGCCUGGGGUAACAGUGUUGGAGAUCUAAUAGCUGACACUGUGAUGGCCAGACAAGGGUUUCCCAGGAUUGGCAUAUCGGCCUGCUUUGGAGGUCCACUGUUUAAUUUACUUUUAGGUAUAGGAAUUCCUUUUACAAUAGCCACAGUAAAGAAUGGAGACUAUGACCUCUCAAUCACUUUGGAAGAGUACGUUUUGGCGGGCUUUUUGGCGCUGAGUCUUCUGACGUCAUUGAUAGUCGUACCUCUGUCUAAGUUCCGAAUGUCUCGUCCAUACGGUAUAGGUCUCAUCGUAUUGUACAUCAUCUUCCUGGUGGUGGCGCUGCUGACAGAAUCAAACGUCAUCACCGCUGACAUCAACUAAUGGACAACUUUAGGUGCUAAUUUAAGAAUUUGCUCAACCAGUGUCUUUUGAUAUCUAUCACGUGUUCUUUGUCGGCGUUUUGGAUGGAGUUUUUCUUGGAAGUUAAACGACAGAUAAUGAUUUCAGAGCAUAUCAGUGUGAAACGAAUGGAAAUGUUUGGAAAUUGGUGUUAUAAAUUUAACGGUUUUUUGCACAUCUACAUACUUAUACUAGUACUAUUUUUUCAUAUAUAGAUUUAAGAAUUUUUUUUAAGAUGAUGCUUAGUGCCUGUGAUAUUUAAAGAAAAGCCAAAUCUGUAGAUAUUUAUUAAAUUGAACAUUUUUUUUUGUAUGAAUUAAUCUUAUUGUAGUCAUUUUAUGCACAAUGUAUAACAAACAUGACAUUGAUUUUUUUUUUUAUUUAUUCCACCAAAUUUACACCCGACCCCACUCCCUACAGGGUUGGUCAGUGUUUGUCAAAUGGAUAAAGUAUGAUUUUUAUUGAGUAAAAAUAGCAUUGAAACCGACUUUUUAUAAUGUAAAGAAUAUACUCAAUCUAGAACCACCUGGCGUUUCAGAUCAUACGAUAUUAAUAGUUUUCUUGUUUUGUUUUUUUUCCCUAAGUUUUAGCAUUAUACGAUAUAGGAUAUUUAAACGCUAGUUUUAGCAUAUAAUUUUUUGAUAUUUUUUUAUUCUUUUUGGUUAUCAUGUAAAUAAUUUAUUCACAGAAUCUUGAACUAAUCAACUUGAUACUCCAUGUUAAGAUACAAUGUAAAUGUUUCUGUUUAUAUUUCUAUAUAUCAAACCCCCCUUUGUGUGUGCAUGCCGAUGGGAUGACAUAUAUUACGAUUGUACAAAUCUUAUUACAUGUACGAGUAUGUAUAUGUAACUCAAUGAAAUCUUUGAUAUGUUUAUCUACUUUAAUGUAAAGAUAUCUACAUACUUUGAAUUCCGAACGUACCAUAUAUGGCUCCAAUUCUUUGAUAUUCAAAGUCUCUGUUUUAAGAUUCAGUGAUGAAUUAAAUAUAUAUUAUACACUUAUAUUGUAUGAUUUAGAAAUGUUAAUCAUACAUGUGUAUCAGUGCCAACUGUGAUAUGAUUAAAUAAUAAAUUUACAGUACAGUGAU